AUGUUACCGGUACGGAUUUUGAAGGAGAAUGCAGUUCAAGAACGCGGUGAGAAUGCUCGUCUUUCGUUAUUUGUUGGAGCAAUUGCCAUUGGGGAUUUGGUGAAGUCUACAUUAGGUCCCAAAGGAAUGGUAUGUUUUGUAUUCUUGACUGGUAUUAAGAUCUUAGGACAAAAUAUUGGUCAGUGGUGACGCUCAUAAUCAAAGUAUUCAAGUGACCAACGAUGGGGCAACCAUUCUUAGGUCAAUUGGGGUAGACAAUCCUGCAGCCAAAGUUCUGGUUGGUAUGUUUCACAAAGUUUUAAUAGAUGUUUUGCAGAUAUCUCUCUGACUCAAGAUAAGGAAGUUGGUGAUGGAACUACUUCUGUUGCAGUCUUUGCUGCUGAAUUGUUGAAAGAAGCAGAGAAGCUGGUCAAUAUGAGAAUCCAUCCUCAAGUUAUUGCUUCUGGAUAUCGGAAGGCUCUAAUUAUUGCGCAAGAUGCUCUUUUCAAAGCUUCCACUGCGUCUGGUGAGCAUAUCCGUGACGACCUUUUGAAGAUUGCAAGAACAACGCUUGGCUCCAAGAUCUUGUCUCAGCAUUCUGAGCAUUUCUCUCAGCUGGCGGUCGAUGCCAUUCUUAGACUUAAGGGAAAGGCCAAUCUCGAUUCCAUUCAAGUCAUCAAAAAGCUUGGAGGGUCUAUGGAAGAUUCUUAUCUCGACGAUGGAUUUUUGUUGGAAAAGAAGCCAGGAAUGUAUCAGCCACAGAGGGUCGAAAACGCCAAGAUUCUUCUGGCCAAUACACCUAUGGACACGGACAAGAUCAAGGUCUUCGGAAGCAGAGUUCGUGUCGACUCUGUUGCAAAGGUGGCUGAAAUCGAAGCUGCUGAGCGUGAAAAGAUGAAGCAAAAGGUAGCUUUUAUUUCAAAUACAUUUUUUCUCAGCGAAAUUGGAGGUUUAUAAAAACAUUGUAGGUUAAAAAGAUCUGUGCCCAUGAUAUUAACGUGUUUGUGAACCGACAACUCAUUUAUAACUAUCCUGAACAAUUGUUUGCUGAUGAAAAGAUUAUGGCCAUCGAGCAUGCUGACUUCGAAGGUAUCGAAAGAUUGGCCUUGGUUUUGGGUGAGGAUUAAUUUCUUUCGUUAUUCAGUCAGUAUACACACUAGAAGGCUUUCUAGUGCGAUGCUCAGAUUAACUCUGCACACACGUCAGGCAUAGACCUCAUCAAUUCCUGAAAGUUUUAGGCUUUGCAUGCCUACAAAAAGCGUCACAUGUUUGCCGACUUUCGAUCUAAAAAUCUUGGCCGUUUCUGCAAAGCGCAUAUGUAUUAGAAAAAACUUUUCUAAAUUUAUGUCAAGUUUCAUCAAAAUCUGAGCGUCGCACUGGAUUCCUUCCCCUGUAAGCUCAAAAAGCAUUAUAAUUAUAGGCGGCGAAAUUGUUUCAACGUUCGACAACCCAGAGAAGGUGAAAAUCGGGAAAUGUGACCUGAUUGAGCAAAUCACCAUCGGAGAAGACUCCUUGCUCCGUUUCUCUGGAGUUCCUUUGGGUGAAGCGUGUACUGUUGUUUUGCGAGGAGCCACAAACCAGAUCCUUGAUGAAGCCGAGCGCUCUCUCCACGACGCUCUUUGUGUGCUUCUUACCCAUGUUCGAGAAGCAAGAACGGUGACCGGUGCUGGUGCUGCCGAGACUUUAAUGGCUUCUGCUGUUCUUUUAGAAGCACAGAAGAUCGCGGGAAAGGAAUCUUUGGCCGUUGAAGCAUUUGCUCGAGCUCUCCAGCAACUUCCAACUAUCAUCUGUGAUAAUGCGGGAUUUGAUAGUGCCGAGAUCACAUCCAAGCUCAGAGCUGAGCAUGCCAAUGGAAACCAUCAGUUUGGAAUCGACAUCGAAACUGGCAGAAUCGCUGAUGUCACCGCGAAAGGAGUGUUGGAGAGUUAUAAUGUCAAAUUGUGCAUGCUGACGUCGGCCGCUGAAGCGGCAGAACAAGUAAGUCACAAGCCAAUAAUGUUGGUUAUACUCAAUUUUACAGAUUAUUCGUGUGGAUGACAUCAUAAAAUGCGCCCCUCGACCCCGCAAACCGGACAACAGACCUUGUUAA